AUGUCUAAGCUGCCAUUACUCCCACACAUCACCGUCAUUCUCAUGCUACUGAGCUCGUGUUUCCCUCUCUUAGUCUCUUCAGCCAAGUGCCACAAGGAUGACAAGAAGGCUCUUCUCAAUCUCUUCACCAGACCAGAAGAUCUCUCAUGGACAUCCAGCACCGCCUGCUGCUCUUGGCCUGGCGUCAUCUGCAGCUCCCUCACCAACCGUGUCCUCACUCUUGACAUGAGCUUCUUUAACAUCUCUGGCACCAUCUCCCCCUCAAUUGGAGACCUCCCCUUCCUCUUCAGCAUCAAUAUUGAAUACUCCCCUUCCCUCACUGGUACUAUCCCAUACUCAAUCACCAAACUCCCUCUCACCAGCCUCACAAUCAGAUUCACCUCCCUCUCCGGUCCCAUCCCCGGCUUCCUCAGUGAAUUAAAAGAACUCACAAACCUUGACCUUUCUGGCAACCUCCACACCGGCCCCAUUCCUGACUCCAUUGCUUCGCUCCCUAAACUUGACCGUCUUACUCUCUUUGGCAACAAGCUAACCGGCACCAUCCCACCAGCCCUCUUCCGCCGUCUCACGUCCAGGAACCUCCUCUACCUCUCAGACAAUCUCCUCACCGGAGAGAUCCCUAUCUCUCUUGGUGAUGCUGACUUGGGAUAUAUCUACCUCGCCGGAAACCGUUUCACUGGUGAUGCCUCAUUUCUCUUUAGUCAAUCAAAACAAGCCACUGAGAUCGACCUUUCAAGGAACCAGCUCGAGAUGGACAUGUCCUCACUGAGUUUCCCUCAGAACUUGCGCUUGCUUGACCUGAGCUUCAACCGCAUCAACGGCACCAUCCCGGCGUCGCUGGCUCAUCUAAAUGAUUUGAACACUUUCAAUGUCAGCCAUAACAUGCUAUGUGGUAGGAUACCAACUGGUGGGCAGAUGAAGUCGUUUGACGCGUCUUGCUACCAGCAUAACAAAUGCCUCUGCGGAACUCCGCUGCCUAGCUGCCACCAUUAG